AUGGAUCCCGUCACGGCCAUCAGCAUUGCCGGCAACGUGCUGGCCUUCAUUGACCUUUCGUACAAAGUCAUUUCUGGAGUCAAUGAGGUACUCUCAACGGCGAGUGGCAUGACCCCUGAAAACGAACACCUCGGGGUUUUGGUACAGGACUUGAAUUUGAUCACACGGAACUUGGUCACAGAUGCGCCUGCCCGGACCGAAAACGAAAAGCAGCUCUGCGCCUUGGCCGCGAACUGUCAUGAAUUAUCAGGCGAGCUCUACCAGCUCCUUCGCCGAUUGAGAGUGGGGGAUUCGAAAUCGAAAUGGGAGGGCCUAAGGGUGAAAUGGCAAAGUCUCCGGAAGGAAAAGGAGAUCGAUUCAAUCGAGCGAAAGCUGAAUGGGUACCAAUCGCAGAUUUUACUCCGACUGCAAGUCAUGUUUAGUCAGAAAGCGAAUGAUCAAAAUUCUUUCAUCAAUGGCCAGUUGGAGGCCCUUCGGAGCGAGGGCCAAGCGCUUCAAAACAUCACAACGACCCAGCUAGAUGGAUUGUACCAGACUAUUUCGACGCUGGUGGAUAGACUUCAGUCGACUGCGGCGCAAGAUGAUUCGGACAGGUCCGAAAAGGAACCGCUCACCAAGCUGAGCGAUUCACUAUUCAAGUUUCGGUCCAUGACGUCUACAAUGUCGCGGGAAAACAAGAUCUUGGAAUGUCUAGCCUUCCCAUCCAUGUUCAAUCGCGAAGACCGCAUUGAAAAUGCCGAAAGCGGCACCUUUGCGUGGAUAGUUGACGAGAAAUUUCAAUCAACCGACGAACAAAAUGACUCUUCUGCCAAGCCCGGCGAAAAUCACGAGGAACAAAAGGCAAAAGUACAAUAUCAGACCGAGAAGGCAAGGCAAGCGGUCCGGCGCGAGUCUACUCGAGAGCAGUUUCUUACUUGGCUCAACGUUGGCCGCCACAUUUUCCAUAUAUCAGGUAAAGCAGGUUCCGGGAAAUCGACCAUGAUGAAAUUUCUAUCGCACUCUUCUCAAGUUAAGAAAGGACUAGAAAGCUGGGCUGGAGGUAGAUUUUUGGUCUUUGUUCGGUUCUUCUUCUGGAAUUCAGGCGAUGCGAGACAGAUGUCGCUUGAGGGCCUGUACCGAACUCUGCUGUUUGAAACUUGCAGGCAAGUGCCCGACUUGAUUCCUCUACUUUUCCCCGAGCUUUGGGGGUCUCCAGCUGCUACGGCUGCCCCGAUACGCUUUGAUGAAGUUAAGGCUGCGUUUGAUCGUCUGAUCCAGGAGGCAAGCUCGUCAGAAAGAUAUUUCUGCUUUUUCAUUGAUGGUCUAGAUGAGUUUGAGGGCGAUGAGGUCGACCACUGGUGUCUUGCCCGAGAUCUUCAAUCUUGGACAGAACGAGCCGAGAAUAUCAAGCUUUGCGUCAGUAGUCGCCCGCAUGUUCCCUUUGUUCAAUCGUUUGCGAAUAAAUUGAAUCAUCAAGUGAGCAUCCAUGACCUCACGCGAGAGGAUAUUUAUAAGUUCACCGCCGCCAUGUUUGAGAAAGACCCCAAUUUCCACCGCAUCAAGGACUCGUAUGAGGAUUUGGUUGUUGAGGUUGUGAACAUUUCUGAUGGGGUAUUUCUCUGGGCACGACUGGUUGUACGCUCGCUGUUGAAAGGUAUAGGAUACCAAAGUAGCGAGAAAGACUUGAAAAGAAAACUUCAAACGAUGCCCAAGGGACUGGAUGAGCUCUUUGAUCGGAUCCUUGGUUCCAUUGAUCAAGACGACCAGCUACUCUCGGACCAACUGUUCCUGUUGACGACUCCCAACUUUUGUCGAUGGCAGCCAACCGCCCGGAAUGCGAUCGCGUACUCCUGGCUCGGGGACUUGGACGACCCGGGUUUCCCUUACGAACGACCGAUGCAAUCAUACACUAUGGCUGAGAUCGAUGAGCGGCUUGAGCAGGUCUCGUGCACGUUGGAUCGCCUUUCUCGCGGUCUGCUCGAGUUGUCCCGAAAACGCCCCCGAGAACAAGAUGGGCAUGAUUAUUUUACUUAUGAAGUGCAAUUUCUCCAUCGCAGCGCCCGUGAUUAUAUUGUGAAUACGCGGGAGGCACAAAUGCGAGCUCGGCUACCUGAGUUUGAUGUCUGCUCCGCGAUCUUUCGACUGUUGCUUGCAGAGUUCAAAUUCGCGCUUCCUACUAAGCAUGAUGCUAAGCCUCGAACCUGGGCGGUUACGAGUGAAGGUGGUCCUUUGAGAAGGGCCCUUCAUAUUUUAUUCACCACGAUGAAUGCCGCAAAAAAGCAUUACCAAUAUGAUAUACCCUCUCGUAUUCUCGAUGAGGCCUAUCAUAUUGUUCGGCAUCACUCGCAAGCGACAGAUUCAACCCAGGUUCUCUCUGGAAAUUCGGACUCAGAGCUCAAGGGCUAUAUAUUUGGAUCAAAUUUGCAGCGCCUCGGCGAAGAGUGGCUCAUGCGAAGGGCAUCGGACCAUUCACCCAAUUUUCUUUGCGAGGUUGUGUCUCGCAAUGUCCAACGCUGGCUUUCUCCUGAUCUCAUGAGCCACUUACGGAAACAGAGCUUGCAUUCUGGUCCAAAUCUACUCCUUGUAGCGUCUGUUUAUUGUGAGGACUUGGAAUUUGUGCAGGGCCUUCUGCACGAAGGACGGUCACCCCGAGAGAUGGUUUCCAUGGAGCCAAUCCGUCCCUUGGACAAAAGCGAUUUCGAGAAAAUUACAACCAUGAUUCCAGCCCCGCAGGCUACCGUGUCUGUAUGGAUGAUAUUUCUGUAUUCUUUUGUGGAAGGAUAUAUAUUGAGCGGUUGCACCAGCCUCAGCAAUCGAUGCCUCGAGGAGUUCUUGCAGUACGAGGUCGAUCGCGACAUAAUGUUUGUUGUGAGAAUUCCUGCCUUGUCCCGCAAACCGAAGGAAGCAGUGGAUGAUGUCUUUCCUUUCGGGGAUACCGACGAGGGAUCGGAUGAACGAGUGGCAUUUGACUUGCUUGAAGUCCUGGAACUGGCGGAUCCAUCCAACCUCGAAGCUCUUCGUAUACUUCUUUCGAACCAGGCCUCCCAAGAAGACCGACCGGAGGUAAAACCCAUUUCUGGGCCCUCAAUCACCCACCAACGAGGCUCUCUAGCCAAGGCUCUUGACGCCAUCGAGGCCGCGGGUAGGAAGAGUCCUCAUUUUGGAUUUGGACCGGCUCUUCGCCUGGAGAGUGUCAUUUGCCCAUCCGAGCGCUUGGACAUGCCCUUUGCUUUCCGGAUUACCUGA